AUGGCAUUAAAAGAAGCAGUUUCACUCACUUCACUGAAACAACAAGAAGAAGAAGAAGAACAAGAAGAAGAAAGAGAGAGGUUCAUAGUUUUGAGCAGCACUUGCAAAGUGGUGGAGUAUUUGCAGCCAGUGAUGUCAAAAGAGCUUGUCUGCAAGUUUCCAGACAACUCUGCUUUCGAUUUUGACUACACUCAGAGUUCAAUAUGGUCCCCUUUGGUCCCUCGGGCUCAUGCUCCCAUGGAUUUGGACUUGGAUUUCGAUUUCAUGACGCCAAGGAAGCUCAAUUUCGAGAUGGGGUUGGAGUUGGAAAGUCAAAGCAGUAUCAAGAAAGUCAGUUCUAGUAUUAAGAAGAAGAUCUCCACCGCUGGAUUUAAUAUUAGUAGGAGUGCUUUGAAGAACAAGAUGAUGAAGAAGAAGAAGAAGAAAAGCAAGAUGGCAUUGACUUCUGAUUUCUCUCCAACUCCUGUUAAGGUUCAUUGUAACCCCUUAGCCUCAAAGGUAUGGAAUAAGGUGCUAAAAGCUGCCUCUAAACAUUUCAAGAAAAAGAAGAGAGAUCCCAUGGACCAUGUGAGGCUCUCCAAUUAUCUGAGAGAUGGAAAUAUUUGA